GUUGUGAUUUGGCGCUAUAUAAAUAAAAUUGAAUUGAAUUGAAUUGAAUUACUAGCCAGUUUCCCAAACAUGGAUUAAACCUAAAAGACUAAAAGGAAAAAAAUCUGAGACAACUCUAUUGAAAAAAGGUUUAGUCUAGGAUGAGGCUUAAUCCAUUUUGGGGGAAUUGAGCCGUGUAUUUAACAAAGGCUUCAGUCAUACAGCGAGCCCCCGGCAACCACUGGGUGCUAGGGAAAAUGUGUAUUCCCUAACCGGCUGGCGGAUGCUUGUCAGCUUCCAGCAACCACUCAACCAAUCAAAAACCGUGAAGGACAAUUUUAACCUUCAGUGUUUGUUUACAGUAUAGGACAGUUACAGAUCCAGGUAUGAACAAGUGAAAAGAAUGUUACCUGUCCAUGGCCAGCAGCAGCCCGUAUUGAUUUAGAAUAUUGGUAUGACUUUAUUGUUAUAAAUUCUGUUUCACUGUUACCUUGGCACAGAGAAGGAGAGAGGAAGAUAGAGAGGGGGAGGACAGAGAUUUCUGAGAUAAAUAAUAUUUGUGCUUUCUUGUUUUCAGUACAGCUGGUCUUCUACAUGCAUUAAGCACUAGGUUGUUAUAUAUUAUUUUAGAAUCUUUACUCAAGUCAUGGAUUUUUUUUAUCAGUUAUUGUGCAGAAAAAAUGCAAAAGAAUGCAAAUGUGCAAAAGUUUAAUAAAGUUAAUCCAAUUUUCGUAUAAGCAAGCUGAAACUAUAAACAUACAGAGAUUGUUACUAAUGUAUAGCACCUGCAGCAGUGUGGCAGUAGUCGAAGUAGUAAUAAGUUCAGCAUGGGAAGCUGGUAUAGAAUAUUUUAGUAAACCAGGAAAAAAAAUUCUUUGCCUUAAAUAACUGCCUCAGCAGAGGUUUAGAUCUAGUUACGCCCCUGGUGGGAGCGUACUGGUUUAAUGGUGGUAGUGGGCUGGGCCUUCGUCGGCUGUGUGGUUCAGCUGGGUGGACUGCCCUGAGAAACUUAACAUUACCCACAUGUCUCCUCCACAGCUCCACACCAUGGCUCCCACUCUCACCAUGCUCCUCUUUGUGCUUCACAUCCUCACUGCUUCGGUGCUGCAGUCAGCCUCAGAACCAGUUCUCUCUGAGAGACGUCCACACCUCACUGGCUGUGCUUCCCCAGACAUGAUGACUUUCCGUUGCAGAUGGAAUGUUGGCCCUUUCCAGAAUCUCUCUGAUCCCAGAGCUCUCCGCUUAUUCUACUUUAUAAAUGUACCCCCUCCUCUGUCUUCUAAAAAUUGGAGUGAAUGUCCUCACUACAGCAACGAGACACCAAACGAGUGCUUUUUCGAUCAGAACCACACCUCGAUCUGGACAUAUUACAACGUCCAGCUCCGCUCCAGGGAUGAGACCAUCCUCUAUGAUGAGAAGGGUUUCUUUGUUAAUGACAUUGUGCAACCGGAUCCUCCUGUCAGCCUGAACUGGAUGCUGCUGAAUGUGAGUUUGACUGGCAUCUACUAUGACAUACUGUUGAGCUGGAAGCCUCCUCCAUCUUCAGGUGUGGAGACAGGGUGGAUGAAGCUGCAGUAUGAAGUUCAGCACCGUGACAACAGCUCCAGUGUGUGGGAAAUGGUUGACCCUGUUUUGAGUACACAGUGCUCCCUUUACGGACUUCAAACUAACAUCAAUCAUGAGAUCCGGGUUCGGUGCAAAAUGUUCAGUGGGAAAGAGUUUGGAGAAUUCAGCAAAUCUGUCUUCAUUCACAUCCCAUCGAAAGUUUCAAGAUUCCCCGUGGUGGCUUUGCUCAUCUUUGGUGCCUUGUGUUUAGUGGGAAUCCUGAUGUUGAUUAUCAUAUCACAGCAAGAAAAGUGGAUGGUUAUCCUUUUGCCUCCUGUUCCUGGACCCAAAAUUAAAGGAAUUGACUCUGAACUACUCAAGAGUGGGAAGCUUAGGGAAUUGACAUCAAUCCUGGGUGGUCCUCCUGAUUUGAGGCCGGAGCUCUACAACUCCGACCCCUGGAUGGAAUUCAUCGAUCUGGACAUUGAAGAGCAAAGCGACAGAGUGACAGAACUGGACACUGACUGUCUCAUGAACCACCACCUGACUUCUAACUGCUCCCCACUAUCACUUGUCUUCAGAGAUGACGAUUCAGGUCGUGCAAGCUGCUGCGAUCCAGAUCUCCCAUGCGACCCAGAACCAUCACCUUUCCUUCCUCUGGUCCCAAAUCUUGCCCUCAGUCAGGAGACAUUAUGUGCAGCAACCUCCGAGCCAAGCUCUCCCAUCCAAAGCUGCAACUCUGGGGAGCUUCCUUCAUUUGUCACGGACAGAGACACUUUGUACACCCAGGUGAGUGAGGUGAGGUCAUCGGGCAAGGUGUUGCUCUUACCUGAGGAACAGACCGAGGGGGAGAAAAUGCCUAGUAAAGAGAAGGAGGACGAAAUUGUGGUAGAGAAAGAGAAGAAAGAGUUUCAGCUCCUCGUGAUGAAUGCAGAUCACAGAGACUACACUUCAGAGCUCAAUGCAGGAAAAACAAGCCAAGAAUUAUCCACAGGGGACCUGACUGAACCCUGUAAAACAUUUCCGUCACCUCCCAAUGAAUCAAACACCACCUCGCCCCCACCAAUUCCUGCUCCUGUCUACACUGUGGUCGAAGGUGUUGAUAGACAGAACAGUCUCUUACUGUCACCAAAUUCAGCUCCAGCCCCACAUCUGAUAAUUCCAAAGAAUAUGCCGACACCAGACGGCUACCUGACCGCUAACCUUCUGGGAAGUAUCACACCGUAAUUCAGUGUCGAAGUGUGCAAAUUAAAAAUCUGGAGGUUGAAUGUUGACUGCAUCCUUUGGCAGAGUUUUGUAAAGGAACUGAAUAAAAAUGUGUUUUACUCUGAUUGUGGAAAAGGGAAGCAUAAAAGGGAAUGCUUGAGCCGAAAACUGCUGCAGUCGAAAACCAGGUCUGCAACAACUUAACUAAACACCUUUGUUAAAGCCGUAUUAACCAGUUUUUGACCACUAGGGGUCAGAAUACCCCCUGAAUAAAAUCAAAAGUAAAUAUUGAUUGCUUAUGAAGUGCACCAUCCAGUAUACAUGUAUUUAUUUUAUUUGCAUUUAUAAGAUUUAGUAAAAAAAUGAAACUUCCUUUCAUCCCUGGUGGUCCUCUUUGUUUAAAUCUUUGCUAAUGUUUUGUCAUUUGGUGCUGUAAGCCAAACAAGGACAAAAAUGGAUUGCAGGUGUACAAUUCCCUGCAAUAUUUUAACAACGAGCAACACCUGCUAUGCUACAGAUUCACAUUUUAAUCAGUAUUAAUGUUAAAGGCACCACGUCCUUGUGCAUAUUGUACAUAUGAAAAGACAAUGUUUGAAAAGAAACAAAUAAAUAACCUUCUUUUUUAUUUUUUUUUAAAUGACAUUUUUUUUUAUCUGUCAGUUCAACUCUGCCUCAAUGCAAACUCAGUGCAUUCAGUUCUGUGCUUUUCAAAAUGCUCAGUGUAUAUCAACAUAUUGAUUCCUAAAAAAGAAUAAUAAAGCAUGAUUUAUGUGUGACAGGAUAAACAGGAGCUCAAUGUAAGAUGCUAGUUUAAUAUUAAUAUUAUCACAUAUUGUGUUCUUAAAAACUGUGAAAAGUUUUGAGAGCUAAAGCCAAAACGAUAUGAACUGAAAUUAUUUUGCUCAGUGAGUAUUUGUGUUUAUAGUGCAUUGAUUCUUUUGUUGAUGUUUUUUGUUUUGUUUUUUAUUUCUGGUUGACUUAUAUGCAUUUGAUACAAUGUAAAAGCUAAAGGUAUAUGAACAGUGUUAAUUUGUAUAGUUAUUGCAAUAAUCUAAAAAUAUUGUCAAAUAAUUGAAAUAAAAAAUCUGAUUUUGACUUAAUGUGUCUUAAUAAA